ACGAUCGCUCCGUGUCUGGAGUGCUCGGUCCCUCCCCGCCCGCUCCCCAGCCCCCAAAACCUCUGCCCAGGGAUGUUGUGGCAAACGACCGUGCCCACUACGGGGAUGUCACCUUCCCACGGAAUCACAGCUGGGCAGGACACCCCUGUUCCCACCACUGCCAGCCCCAGAAAGGGGGGCGGGAUGCAAAAAGCAGCAUCAUUUGAUGGGAAAAUGAGUUUCUUUCAGCGCUGCAGUGCUGUGAAGGAGGCUCAGCCCGCUGGGAAGAGCAGCCCAAGGGAAGGCUCCUGCCCUUCGCUGGGUCUCCUGAUCCUGCAGAGAGGUUUGGGGACCAAAACCCUCCUGGGAACUGCGUCACGCAGCCUCCCCUGCUGUGCUGCUGGAGCUGGAGCUCAGCGUGCUCCGCCUGCACCGGCAGGGUCUCCCCUGCAGCCCCGGGGACACGGGCACGAGUCCCUGCCACCGCUGGAGCUGGCACCGGAGCAGCCACCAAGGGGCUGGGAAGGUGGCACCCCACAGCUCGUGGGGUGGGUGUCCAGCACCCCACAGCUCGUGGGGACACAGCGGCGGGCACGGAUCCAGCUUGGCCCACGGCCCCCGGGCAGGGCAAGGCUCUGGGGCUGCGGCUGUGCCCAGGAGAGGAGGCACUCGGAGCAGGGAAGAAGGUGGCCUUGGCAAGGACGAUGCUCGGCCGCACCAAGUGGGAGCUCCAACGUGCCCAGCAGUUUCCCUGUGCCGAUGGAGGGACGGGGGGUUCGCUCCCCGGUGGAUGGGAUUACUUCAGCCAAGCUCAUCCCUGCACUCAAACCCCUCCGAUGGGGCUUCCAUCUCUUGAACUGCUUCCCCUCGAGGCUCCUCAUGCCCCAGAGAUGUCCCCUUGGAUGUCUUUGAGGUCCCCUCUUUGCCAGCACAGCCGCCCCGAGGCUCUGAGGUGCAGCCACAUGGAUGGGCCGCGGCUCUCGGCUCUCCGGAGGGGAUUUUCCAUGACACUCCACACCCCGCUGCUCCGUGGACAUGGAUCAGACUUGUCCAAGCUGCUGCUUGGAGGAAGCCAAGUUAUUUGCCAUGGCUUUUCCUGGCCCGAUUCUCUUUCCCAGCUCAAAAAACUUUUGCUGAUUUCUUUUUUUUUCCCAAGUGAAUCCAGAGCAGCUUGGGGUUCUCCCGAGCCCGCAAAAGCAAAGCCCCUGGGAAGAGCAGUGGAAUGCCAAGCACCUCAGCAGCUCACACCAGCACUCCAAAGCCACCUGAGCCCCUCAUCCCCUCCUAGGAAGGAUGCUGCUGAUCCAUCGAGUUGUGCUCACCCAAGAGGAGGGUCCCCUGGGACUUCCCCUGUGCUGUCCCCACCCCCCAAAGCCACCAAGGGCCAGUGCCAUGGGAGCUGUGUGAUGGCUGGGCCCCAGCUGAGCCAUCCUGCCAACGAGCAUCCCACAGGCAGAGCAGGGCUGUGGAUACCCCAGGCUCUGGAGGAACCACAUCUCAGCACAGAUGUCAGCUGCGAGGGGCACAGGGAACACAGGACAGGGACCUUUUGGAGCUCCCAGGUGGGAGAGAUCAGCACUGGGCUGACCCCUUCCCUUCCUGCUGAUCCUGCUGAUCCUGCUGGAGCUGAUCCUGUGUCCAGGGGCAGGAGGGGAUGCUGUGCCUUGUCUCUGCUCCCCAUUUGCCCUCAUGGCCCCCACAGUGUGUUGAGAAGAGCCAGUCCUGGGUUGGGAGAUGCUCGGACAGGAUGGUUGGGGAGGUUGAUUUAAACCACCCGGUUGAAGACUCAGAUACAGAAAAUACAGCAAAGACCAAGAUGGACCAAGUCCCCAGUGCCCUGCAAGUGGGUGCAGGGGACAAGUCCAGGGCUAUGUGUCCAACCUGGGCCAAUUUGGGCACUGCCAGUUUAUGUAACACUCAGUGUCAACAUUGGCUGGUGUUUCUUUGCUGCCACGGUCGCCUUGGAGCUGCAGAGGGAACAAACACCGUGUCCCCUGGGAGCAUCCAUCCCUCUCCUCCUGCCCUCCAGCACUGGGGAAUUCUUAUUGCAUUUUUUUUCUCUU